AUGGUUGGCCGGGUAUCUCUCGCUGAAGUAGGGCUCCAGGGCCAUCUUGGUGCCGAUAUCCAGUCCACGCUCCAGAGACGUUUCCAAAACACCAACCAGACUCUUCACAUCGGCCUGGCCCAUGUUCAGACCCUGGCCGGCCAGCGGAUGCGUCUUUCCAGUUCCAGCGGAUAUCCACCAGCCUCCUCCGGACUGAGCUUAUCGUUGAAAAGCUGGAGUCUCCAAGCGACUUCCUCCGCCACAAUUUCUGGCUUCGAGGCCGCAACCUUGAUCAAAUACUCCAGCUCCUCGACAGGGAGCUUCACCGCAGCGUUCACCAUAGCCAGGAACUUGUCUUCGUCCAGUUUCAUCAAGAUGUCGGAAUUUUCCGGCGUCGUUGACCACACGAGCGUGGUCCAGUUGUCUGGUAGCGGCAACAGGGCCACAGGACCGGUGGGCAGGAACCGUUGCCAGCCCGUUGGGUGUCUAAAUUCGCCGUCCUUGAAUUUCAUGGUUGCAACAAUACCCCAACGGUUGUACAUCCAUCCACGGCUCUCGAUCUGUGCAAACUUGCGUGCCGGCGAAUUGAACCCGUCGCAGCCCACCAACAACCGUGUUUGGAUCGACUCGCCGUUCGACAGCUGCAAAACAGGCCAUCCGAUUUUCUCGUCCGCUUGA